UUAACAUAACUGACAAUGUAAAUAUCGCCUAAAACGUACACUUUAUUCGUCACCAUUUGAAACAUUCAUAUCACCCUUUCACAACACUACUUGCUUUUAGCAGCUGUUCAAAAACAGUCCAAUAGGAGAACAGCAGCGAAUUCGCAAAAGAUUCCGACUUCAACAAUGAGCUUUAUUGACCAAGAAGUCACGGAGUUCCGAGCAAAAUGUGAGAAGCAGGUGCCGCACACGAAGAUCAUUAUUUGCUCCAACUCCCUGAUCCGGGUUGACAUAUACCCGGAGCGGCCGAAUCGCUCGAUGACUAUGUGCCUUCGAUUUCCAGAAAACUACCCGCAGAGCACCCAAAUUCUGGUGGAGCUGAAGAGUCGUGUGUACUCCGAAAUGCUUCUGACGGAGCUUACCCGGCUGAUCGACGACUAUGCCAGGGAUUUCCUCGGGAAGCCACAGGCACUGCAAGUGCUGGCCUUCGCCCAACAGUAUUUAACUGAUAAUCCGCUGUGCGUGUGCUUGGAGGAGAUCAAGCAGCUGAGAGCGGACAUCAAGACUGGAGGCACGGAGAGCCAGUUGAAGCUGAAGCAGAAAAACAAAAGCGUAGAGCUGGUCGCCAAGGGCGGACGCUACACCUACAGAGUAACCGCUGUUGUUCCGGACAGCUAUCCCAUGCAGAGUGUGGAACUGCGCGGCCAAGAUUCCAAUCUCCCAGCCGUGCUCGUGCGUUACCUAAACGGCCAGUCGAAGGAGAUAGCCCGGCAGUGCGUGGAGCCGCCGAUCCGUAUGAGCAAGGAGGCUCUAGCCAAUUUUCGGCCUGUUAGGAGUCUGCAACGCUCGCUGAAGUUCUGCCUGGAGGCCACCCGUGACUUUCACACAGAACGUUGUCCCAUAUGUGAUAGUACCGUGCUACCCGAGUACCCAGAGGACAUAGAAAAGGAUGACAAUGCGGACUUCUUCAUCGAGCGUGUCUACUGUGGUCAUCUCUUUCACCAGGGCUGCCUUAAGAAAUACCUGUCAGAGCCUCCGUUUCCAAAGGGCGGCAAAUUAUGUCCCGCCGCGCGCCGUCAUCCUCGUUCCGAUGCCCAGACCUAUAUGGGCAGGUCACAGGGAGGAGGAGCCAACGUUUCAAAAACUCCGGAGGACACUGUGUGCGGAAUCAAGCUGGCUCACGAUCGCUGGGUGGUCAGCGUAAAGACCGCGGAGGCGCGCUGGGCCCAGAAACAGGCUCGCCAAAGAGAACUGGAGGAGGUUGUCGACUUUUUGCAAUAACAGAGGAUCGACUCAAGAACAGCUUACUGUGUAUGGUUAUGUAUUUUGUGAUUUCUAUUCGAAUACGCUUAUAUUGCUAAAGAUUAAAUAAAUAAAGUGAAGAUGAAGUGCGA